UUGAGGCAACCCAGAGAAAAAAAAACAUUUCGCUCACGUUACAGUUUGUCCUUCGCCCACAAUCUGGGCGUCAGUUCAAUCUGUCGCCAUCCCUUCAUCCGCACAAAACAAAACAUUACUCGUUGACUACAGUACUCAUUUCUUGUAGUUCUUAAGAAAAGGAUUUCAAUUUUUUUUUGUGUAUCGUAGGUCACUAUGGAAAGAAUCGGGUCGCCCAUAAAAAGGACGCUUUCUCGGGGAGUGAGUGAGGACGAGUCACUUCGCAACAUAAUCAAAGAGGCGGAGAGUUCGGCCAGGCGUCUGACACGCAGUGAGAGCAGAGAGGGAACCCUCAAGAGGAGAAGUGGGAGUCAGCAGUCUGAGGAUCAGGAACUAAUGAUGGAACUCCCUGAGAUGCUUGAUCUGCAGGCGAGCUACGACGAUGUGUUGCAAGAGCUCCGUGGGCUGGAGCUGCAGCGGGAGACUGUGUUGUUCCAGGUGGACGUUCUGCACGACGCCCUGGAGGGGGCCGAGGAGAUGCUGGCCGAGGCUCAGAGAGAGGCCAGCCAUGCCACCAUGGAGUUGGAGCAAGAGAGAGAAGCCAAGAGGAAGUUGGAGGACAUGGUCAGCUCUCUGAUGCAGGAGGUGGAGAGGCUAAAAGAGGAGAGGAAGACCAUUCCAGCAGUACCAGUGUACACACUCGUCAAGGAGCAGGAGAGGGAGGAGGAGAUGGCUAGACAACAAGCACAAGAGAUGAAAAUAAAAAAAGAAACACAGGAACAAGUCAGUGAUGCAACAAGGGAUGAGGACAAUUCUACCAAAGAUGCGCCUCUCUCUAUUAUCCGAUUGGACAGUGAGAGCCCCGGGCCCAACAACGGACUACCAUUGGAGACCAGCGUUGGGGGGCUGCUCGCCGCCUCCUUCAAAAAGGAGAGGGGGGAGCAGCCCUCUGACAGUCCAAACCGGCCCCUUCCUCUCCACGUCGCCCGGCUGUGGUCCUCUGUGGACUCUGAGGACAUAGAAGAAGGGGCAGAGGACAGCUUGACCAAGUUCACUAAGAUGGUCAACAAGACCUUGGGACCAUUGAUGUUGGGUAGCCAGACCCCAGGGAACAGUCAGGAGGAGAACAGGCGUGGCAUCUUUCCAGAUAGGAACAACGACACAGACAGCAUCAGCGCCUACGAGGAUGCCUGCACUGACACGCCCGAGCUGGAUGAGGGAGACGGGCCAAGGCUGCCACAUGAGGAAGGAUCCCCGGUGGAUGAUAAUGAGGGAGAGCCAUCGAAUGGCAACGAUCCCAAGAACCCCAAAAACACCAAUGAUUCUUGCAUUCUGUCAUAAGAGCUACAGAACUGUUGUGGUACGAAAGGUCAAAUGUGCUCUCACUCUGUCUGCCCUCUUGAUAAUAUAAUAUAUGCCCUUUAGCUUUUAUCCAAAGCAACUUACUCAUGCGUGCAUACCUUUUUUUACAUCUUGAAAAAGGGUUAAAAAAAAAUCUGUUCUUGGAUCAGUGCGCUCAUACAAUCCAUCAACACUUUUUUUUAUAUGUAUAUAUUUUUUUAAAUGUACCUUUAUUUAUACAGGUUUUUCUCAUUGAGAUAACAUCUCUUUUCCAAGUGAGACCUGGUCCAAUAGCAGCAGGGGGAACAAUGUUUCAGACAAAACAACUUACUAACACAACAUUAAACAAAACUAUAAACCCACAUACAGUACAACAAAAACAUUUUACAUUAAAAACACAAAAUUCUUGACUAAAAACAGCUGGCCUAAAGACAAUUACACUCUUCUAUGAUAUAUACAUCGAUCAAGUGUUUAUAAAAGGGUAUUGUCAACAUUAGGAGUUGUCUUAGCGCAAUCCAGCACGGGGGAAUUCCAGUAAUGUCUACAGACGUCUUUCUCCCUCGGCAUGACUUGCAAGGUCGCACUUACGUGUUUAGUUUUCCUGCCGUUCGGCACAAAAGGCAAAUGACCUCCCUCUGUUUAUUAGUGACUGAUGAUCACUUAAGACUGUUUGCGUACACUGAACUAUCAGAUAUGUUUCAGGACACACCACAGACCUCUAGCAUUCUAAACAGUCAAAUUAUGUGAUUUAUAGAUCACAUACUGAUAGUGCUGAGCGAAUAACAAAAAUGUUUAAAGUACAAUUAUUUGAAUUCCAUUUCAUUCAGUUUUUUUUCUAUGAGCUUAAUGCGCAGUUUCUCUAGAGAUAAAUCCGAUCAAGCCGAACUGUGCGAUGUAGUAGGGAGUUGUAGUUUCCAACAGGCCAAUAUUCUACUUAGUUUUGCACAGAAAUGUGGUAAUUAACUACAAUGACCAUAAUCCAUUUUGCGCAUACUUGGCCAGUCUGUGUGGGGCAGACACAGACGGAGAGAAGAGACAGAAGAACGUGUGAUUGAGAGUGAUAGAGCAGUUGUUUCGCAAGGUAUCUCUAUCUGAAAAUACAUGAUCUAAGCGAUUGAUAGUUUGUAUUCAGCAGUCAUAAAAAUAUGCCUUGUUUACUUUGAAGAACUACUAAAAUAGUGAUUUUGUCAGACAGCAUAUACAGCAGCUCUAUAGAGAUGAGAUGAUGACAUGGAAUUAAAUAAUAAUAAUCUUGUAAAAUACACAACUGAAAUAUUUUAUUAAAGUCAUGUGAAUAAAUGAUGGUUAAUAAGUGAUAAGCAGUAAUGGGCAGUCACUGCCAUCAUGGGACUUUAUUCAUUGUUUUGUUCUGUGUUGCAGAAUUCAACCCACAUAGUGCAUUUAAUGUCUAAAGAAAUGAUCUAAACCAAAAUCGAAAACCGUGAUGAUUUUUUUUAUAAUCGAACCAAAACCAAACCGACCUCAAAAAGCACUAAUUGCUUAGCUCUACAUACUUUAGAGUUGUAAGACGAUAAUAGCUGUUUUUGUGCUCUUAUAAGAUCAGAUGCUGGCAAGAUUGUAAUCACAAUAGCAGGCAGCCAAGGAGCUAGCUACUAUACUACAGGGAAUGUUUUUAGGGAAUUUAUGGGUGUUAAACCAUCAUUGUCUCACGUCAACAUUUAUUUUAUCUAAGAAGUACUUGGUGCCUUUCCUGCCUCACCUUAAGACAUUUUAUAAAUAUGAAAGAUGAAUUUGAAAGAUUUAAUAUGAAUUUACUGAAUCUAAUCUAGCUUUAGUUAUUAUCAGACAUCCAUCAUUUGAAGUUAGUAUGAUACUAGCAUGAUUGACAAAGGGAACAAUCCAUUUAAUUGUAAAACUUUAAUGAUACCUGAUAAUAUUUUCUAUUUACACAUACAGUAACAGUACUGCAUGCUACUCAGUGCUUUUACGGUCAUGCUUGCAUGGUUGCAGUGAAACUACUGAAUUGGGAGAAACUUUACAUGUUAUCUUUUUGUAUCUGACAUUGCUGGACAAUAUAUCCUUUGUUUUUAUAAUUUUUCUACCCCUAACCAUUAACACAAGACCUGAUGAUAAUCUUUUGACUUGGAGUUGCUACCUAUACAUUUUCUUAUGGCCCAAAAUGAAUCCCAAAUGGCACCCUAUUCUCUUUGUAGUGCCUUAUAAAGGGAAUAUGGUGCCAUUUGGGACGCAUACUUUAUCAACAUUUCUGUCCAUAUUUUAAGCUAGCGAGGUCAAAUGGAAUUUAUCUGUUUUCCAAUCCUCACCUUUUGAAAUUGGCUAAGUUUCCAUGGCUACCUAGAAGUCUUUUUUACUGCGUGUGUAAUAUGAAUGUGAACUUGGGUGCAAAUCUUACACUGCCUUCAACACUAGGUUUUGUGUAUUGUUGGGGCUUUGUGUGUAUCUCAAGUCAGAAUGGAGCUCUUAGUGGAAGGGAUGUGAAGUUAGGAAUAAGAUUUAAAUAUGUUACUUUCUAACUUUGAUACUUGUGAUUUACAUGUUUACUACUUAUAUUCUGUUUCUGUUGCCUGAAUUUCUCUUUCUGCUGGAGAUAUACUGAACAAAAAUUUAAUCUCAGCAUGCAACAAUUUCAAAGAUUUUCCUGAGUUACAGUUCAUAUAAGGAAAUCAGUCAAUUGAAAUACAUUCAUUAAGCCCUAAUUUAUGGAUUUCACAUGACUGUGCAAGGGUGCAGCCAUGGGUGGGCAUAGGCCAACCUACUUGGCAGCCAGGCCCACCCACUGGGGAGCCAGGCCCAGCCAAUCAGAAUGUUUUUCCCCAUAAAAGGGCUUUAUUACAGACAGAAAUACUCCUUAGCUGAUGUGGAGGUCCUGGACUAGCGUGGUUACACGUGGUAUGCGGUUGUGAGGCCUGUUGGAUGUACUGCCAAAUUCUCUAAAACAACAUUAGAGGCAGCUUGUGGUAGAGAAAUUUAAGUUAUAUUCUCUGGCAACAGCUCUGGUGGACACUGAUGCAGUCAGCAUGCCAAUUGCACCCUCCCUCAAAACAAGACAUAUAUGGCAUUGUGUUGUGUGAUAUAACUGCACAUUUUAGAGUGGCCUUUUAUUGUCCCCAGCACAAGGUGCACCUGUGUGUAAUGAUCAUGCUGUUUAAUCAGCGAAUUGAUAUGCCACACCUGUCAAGUGGAUGGAUUAUCUUGGCAAAGGAGAAAUGCUCACUAACUGGGAUAUAAACAAAUUUGUGUACGACAUUUGAGAGAAAUAAACUUUUUGUGCGUAUGGAA